AAGAAAAAUUGCAUAAGAGGGCUCAGGACUCUCCUCUCGCCUGGAAAUUGAUUCUCAGCUCUCCUUCUCUCUAUUGGGACAAGAAGCAAGAGAGGAAGUGGAAGCAGAGAGGGGCGGAAGAGAAAAACCAGAGAAAAAACAACGGAAAGGGUGGGAGAACAGAGUAAAAGAGAAAAAAAGGAAAAAAAAAACAGGGCAAGAAGAAAGAAAAAUCAGAGGGAAGGCUGGGGGAAGAAAAGAAAAUCUACGGGAAGCAAUUGCCGAACGGAAAUCAAUAGAAGCUGCCGCCCACCGGAAUCUGCCAUCACUGCCUGCAAAUCUUCAUCGAGAAAACGCUGUGUAUCUGAAUUUAUUUUAUGUCACUACCCAUCGGCCAACCUGGCCUCCCCUGCCGCGAUAACCUUCUCCUUGCUUGAGGAAGCAUCAAUCGCCCUUCGCCUUCUCCGCCACCCGCAUUCUGUACUUUUAACGGGUCUUGACGAGACAAGAUUGGCCUAAAGAUUGGAUUGAAUCAAAUUCCACUGAAAAACCUGAUCUGUCUUCCAUUGUUGAGAAGCUAGCAGCUAAUGGGGCUUCUGAGCAUAAUUCGGAAGAUCAAGCGUAAAGAAAAGGAAAUGCGGAUUCUUAUGGUAGGCCUGGAUAACUCUGGUAAGACGACAAUUGUGAUGAAAAUUAAUGGGGAAGACACCAGUGUUAUUAGUCCCACGCUUGGCUUCAACAUCAAGACUAUUAUCUAUGAAAAGUAUACUCUGAAUAUUUGGGAUGUUGGGGGACAGAAAACAAUUAGAUCUUACUGGAGGAACUAUUUCGAGCAGACUGAUGGAUUGGUUUGGGUUGUGGACAGUUCAGAUCUUAGAAGGCUAGAUGACUGCAAAUAUGAAUUGCAUAAUCUUUUGAAAGAAGAGAGGCUAUCAGGAGCAUCAUUGUUGAUUUUUGCAAACAAGCAGGAUAUACAAGGUUCUCUCUCUCCGGAUGAAAUAGCUAAAGUACUCAACUUAGAAGCUAUGGAUAAAAGUCGACAUUGGAGAAUUGUGGGAUGUAGUGCAUACACUGGAGAGGGGUUACUUGAUGGAUUUGAUUGGUUGGUCCAAGAUAUUGCCUCUCGCAUCUAUAUGCUUGAUUAGGCUGCACUGUCUUGGAUAACAUCAUUGGCACAAGAUCUUGUUGUUUAGUUUUUACUGACCAGUGUAAACCUCUAGAUGUCUUAAUUGUGCACUUUCAUCUUCCUUGGGAUUAAGAGACUAUGGAAAGCUUUAGCCAGACAAAUGUUCAUAGAAAUUUGUAUUUGGAAAAACAGAGGAUAUUCUCUAGUGUCUUACUACAGUAUUUGAAUCUUAAGUGCAUUGUUUUGUUACAGCGGGGUGUAUUUUA